UUAUCUCUGUCUCUCUCAUCUCGUUCUCUGUUUUCUCUCGUCUUCUUCACGUCUUCAGCCACGGAACGGUAGCCAGCCAGGUUGCCGAAGCCAAGGCCGCCGAUCACCCAUCGUUACCCUAUCCAUUCUUACACCCAUCGUUCUGGCAAGUUUUUACUGAGAUAGUGAUCAAGUUCUGGCAAGGAAAGCUGGUCCUGCCAUGGGUGCAUCUGCCAGCACUUCAUUAACGUCGAAGCUUAGUAAUGAAGGAGAGAAUCAGAGAAUUAAGUAUGCCUCAUCAACUAUGCAAGGAUGUUGUAUUAAGAAGGAAGAUGCUCUUGCAGUUGAACUAGAUUUAGAUGCAUUAAAGAACACGUCAUUCUUUGGUGUUUAUGAUGGCCAUGGAGGAGCUGAAGUAGCAAUGUACUGUGCAAGACGAUUUCAUAUUAUGCUUCGCGAGGAUAAAGACUAUUUCAACAAACUGCCCAAUGCAAUUAUCUCCGUGUACUCCAGGCUUGAUGAUGAUUUGCAACGAUCAAAUGAAUGGAGGGAGUCGCUUUAUCCCCGUGGUAAUGGUGAUUGUUUCCAGUUCCUCAGUGCGAACCUCUGGCCUUCUGCAGAGCUGCCUGAGACAACAAAUUACGUUGCACCAUUACGCAAAGGAAGCACAGCAUGUGUGGUAAUUAUUAGAGGAAAUCAUAUCAUUGUUGGAAAUCUUGGUGAUUCUCGUUGCGUACUUUCAGAGAAUGGUCAGGCAUUUAAUUUGUCUAUCGAUCACAAACCAAAUAUCCAACCAGAACGUCUGAGAAUUGAAAGAGCAGGAGGACGAGUAUUAUCAGAACGAGUUCCUUUCGUAGGUCCAGGAAAAAAAAUCAGGUACCGUUGCGGUGUGGCUCGUAUUGAAGGAAGGUUUGGCCUGUCCAGAGCGAUUGGCGAUUUUCAAUUUAAGCAGAACAAAGAUAUGCCUCCUUCGCAGCAAAUUGUGACAUGCGUCCCUGACGUUCACCUUGUAAACAUAACUGAUAAAACUGAAUUUCUUGUCAUAGCAAGUGACGGCGUCUGGAGUCAAAUGUCAAGUAAGGAAGUGGUUGAUUUCGUACGUAAGGAGUUGAACUCGAUGACGAAUCUACGCGCCAUUUGUGAGAAGCUUCUCGAUCGUUGCUUGCUUUCGAAGGACAACGUGACGGCCAUACUGGUUCAGUUCAAGCCCCGCGCCGCAGUUGCUCCUAACCUGUCCGGCAUUGAGGAGCCCGGCAUUAAGAAAGAGAUCGAUGACGACAGUGAGGAGCUCCCAUUGUCCCAUCAUCCUCAGGAAUAGUCCCUGAUAGAAUCUUAGCUACCUGCAGAGAGUUCUAUUUCCCUCUUUGCUGAUGACAUGCAACUGUAUAAGUAGGAUUAAACGAUGAAAUUAGUCCAUUACCAAGUCCACGUAAAGUCAUUAACUCGUGCCUCUUGAGCGCUUUUUUUUUUUUUUUUUUUUGCCUUUGGUUGGAUUCGCUUCAUGCUCCCUUUGGUACUGAUCGAUCCUCAGGAAUCCUGGAGAUUUUGAUCGAGUGUUAGGUUAGUUUGCAAAUGCUCACUUCUAUAAUUUUUCUAGCUAUGUGCGUGAGUGCAUGCUAUGAUAUACUUCCUCUGGUUUUUUAAGU